AUGAUCCCGGUUCUGGUCGAGUCUUUUGACCCCCUCCCGAGGCAUGUUUGUCUUUCACUGCCAGCGUCCGCCACCGCCAGGGACGUCUUGCAAGGAUUCAGCAAUGCUUUGGCAAAGCAGUCGUCGACGACGUUCUCUUUGAUCCACCAGGGCCGCAGACUAGCCGAUUCGUCUAGGUUGUCUGGUCUUAACUCGAGCGAUGAUAGGUUUCCUGUGGUGCUGCAGCUGCGCGCGCUGCUGCCCGGUGGCAAAGGUGGAUUUGGAACCCUGCUUCGUUCACAAGGUGGUAAAAUGUCCGCAGGAGCACGCAACUCGAACAAAGAUGCAUGUCGCGAUCUGAAUGGACGUCGACUGGGUGUGCUCAAGGAGGCCAAAAAGCUGGCCGAAUACCUCGAAGGUGAAUCGGAACGAAAACGUCAGAUGGACGAAGCGCAGAAAAUCAAGUAUGCCAAACUGGAAAAGAUGCUGGGUCGAGCACCUCGCAGCGAAAGGGAUCUCACCGAGGCUGCCGAAAGGAUGGCAGAUGCAGGACAGGUGUUUGACGAGCAAGGCGCCAGCCCUGAAGCUGAAGCAGAAGCAGAAGCAGAAGCUGAAGCAGGUCCUAGCCGUCGCGUUGACUCUUCCGCCCUUCAAGCCAGCCAAAUGUCACAGCGCAAGAACGCCACCAGCAUUGAGACUUCUUCUGCUGCUGGAAACAAACGCAAGGAACGUAUCGAAGACUCGCAGUACAUUGAACAAAGUCGUGAGAUCGUCGAAAACGUUCGCUCCGCCGUCGCAUUGGCCAUGAUGAAGAAGAAAAAGAAGCUCAACAAGUCCAAGUCCAAACCCAAACCCACGUCCUCGUCAUCAACAUCCGGCUCCUCGGUUGCUGCGUCUACCUAG